AUGAUUUUUCUACAACUCUGGUGGGCGCUGUUGGUGUUCAGUAGUCCUGGCUACGCGCAGCAGAUCUCCAGCGAGGAGCAGAAGCAGCCGGCGGAGGGCAGCGAUAAGUUGCUUAGCUUCAGCCGGGCAGUGGAGCUGGCUCGUCCCGAGUUGCAGGAGCUGAAGGCUUCCUACGCUGGUCGCCAGGAGCAGGACGCUGGCAAGCAGCUGGAUCGGCGCAACUCAAUCGACAACAUGCUGGCCAGUUUUGCCCAAAUGGAUGGUGACAAAUCGAAGGCGACAUCUGAGGAUGAAGAGCGAGUGCUGCAGGAGGCGGCGGACGCUUGGUUCCGCGACAUCCAGGCCAGCAUGUCCAAGAUCAAUCCCUACCAGAAGCGCUCCGGUGGCAAGCAGGCACGAUCCAUAGGCAAGCACAUCAUCGACCAGCAUAACAAGGCCAUGGAGCGCACCGAGAUAGGAAAGGUUAAGCUGAAGUACAAGCAAAUGGGCGAUGACACCAUUAUUCGCAAGUACCAGGUGACUAAGAACCCAGGUGCUAUGCAGGACACUGGCAUGAGCCAAUUGGAUAUCAAGCUGAAGCAGGUGCAGCAGAUGCUGACCGACCAGGAGCGCGUGGAGGCCAAGAAGCUGGAGAAGGCGAAGGAAGGGCAGAAGAAGGUGGACGAGUCGCGCUGGGUGGACAAGUUGCCCGAGUUCGGUGACAACCCCAUUCCGGAUGGCAUCUACGAGAGCACCCUCAAUCGCCUGGCCUUUCCCCAUGCCAUGUCCCACAAGCUGGCCCACGAGGCCAACUACAAGCUCUCCAAGAUCGAGCAGGAGGCCUCCGAGAAGGCCUCCAGCAAGCACGCCAGACCCGGUCCCCUCAAGCAGCUGAAGCGGAGCUCCUGCAGUGGCUUCAAUCCCAUGAAUGAGAUCAAGCUGAAGACCAGCAGUCGGCUGAUGCUCAAAGGGCUAGGUCCAUCGCUGCCCAGUAACGCCCUGCUGGACAUCCAUCGCUACCAAAUGGUGGACAACAUGAUCCGGCGGAGGGAGCUGCAGGAACAGCAGAAUCAGCAGCAGCAGCAGCAGCAGCAGCAGCAACUGGAGUCUAGUGAGGAUAGCGACGAAGUGGAACAGCGAAUGGGAGUAAAUAACUUAAUAUCACAGAAUGAGCACUUGGAGUACCUACAGCCCAUCAAUACCGGCAUGGAUGCGAAUCGGAUGAUGGAGCUGCCCCAGAGCUACGACUACCGAGUGCCCCAGUACGAUCGCUUUCAUCCUCUGAAUCAAAGACAAAUGUCGAAUGUGCGGGAAUACGAGAGAACUAAUCGCCUGCCCCUCGACUUGGAUCGCUUCAAGAGGGAACCCCAUAUGGAGUCGUCUCCUCUGGAGGCUUUGAAUGAAGCCGUUUUGGAUCCUUUGUCUGGAGAGGAACAGGUACUCAAGUCUGAGGAUCAAAACAUAUCCGACCAUGAGUUGGCCAUGAAAAUUCGAGUGUUGGACAUUAAUGAAGUCAAGGCCUUACAUUCAACCAAAGUAAAGGACACACAUGAGGAGCUUAAGUUGGACGAGGAAUCCCUAAUCAAGCCCGAAGCUAAACUGGAUUCUGAGGUCUCGCCCAUCGAGGGAAAGUUUGAGGAUAGGUCAGAGGUCGAUGUGGAAAACAAACUAUUGGGACCAGUAAAACGCGAGGCCAAGAAAGAGCUAACUAACCAAAUUGGUGCUAAACUGAAAUAUGAUGGAUCUGCUUUGGAUGCUAAAUCCAAUGCAGAGGCGCCUUUGAAAGGAGCUGUACCACUUAAUUUGGCCAGAAAGAGCGAACUCAAUGUAGCUACUAGUGCAGAUUUGUCAUCCGACUCUGGAAAGCAAGACAGUUUAAAGAAAUGCAAAGGUCCUGAAACGCCUGAUUGUCCCGAUAAUCAUGACAGUAAUCCCGAUUGUGACACGGAGUGCAAGUCGGAAACGGAUGCCGAGAAGGAUGACAGCAUUGUCAAAGUCAACAUCAAGCUAAAGCUGCAGGAGCCGGCAGACGAGAAAUCUGAAUGCGAGGACAUCAGUAAAGUGGAGGCCAAAGCUGCUGCUGCAUCUGCGCCGAAGGUGAAUCCCGAUGCGGUGGUGAAGCUGCUGGCCAAUGAAUUGUCCCUGGACAAGGACCGUGGAAAGCGGCAAGCAAGGCAUCGAAGAUUUCGUAGACACAACGGGAGAGCCAAGAGAUCCUUGGAGGACAACGAGCCCGAGCAACAGCAGCAGGAACCAGAAGAUAAGCAACAUGUGGUGACCAAACGUUUGGUUCCGCUGCUGGAUGAUUUCGAAGACCACAAUGGCAAUCAUCCGGGUUUCGGGAACCUGGGUAAUGGUAUGCUCACCCCGGACGCAGAGGACUCCGGGGAAAGGUCAUAUCCCAGCCAUGAACUGCUGGCUCACUUCGAUGAACUGGAAACUGCUCAUGGCGGCGACUCCCUGGUCACGAUAUACGAUCCCACCAAGGAAGUGGUGCCCAUGCUGAAUAAGCGACCCAAUGGCGGCUUUCAGGGGCAGCAGCCUCCGCAGAUGCAAUUUCCACAGCAGCAGCCGCAGAUGCAGCAGCAGCAGCAGCAGCAAAUGCAGCAGCAAGCACCGCAACUGCCACAACAGCCGCAACAAGUGCAACAGCCGCAACAAGUGCAACAGCCGCAACAACAGGAUCUAAGUCGUCAGCGGCAUCAGUCCAGUAAUUUCCAGGCCAGCUUUAAUCUAACCCAUUUGUUCAAUGAGUUGCAAAAGCUGCAAAAUAUGAAGGCACCACAGCAGCAGCAGCAGCAGCAGCAACAACAGCAGCCACAACAACAGCAGCAGCAAGUGCAACAGCAAGUUGUGCCACAGCAGCCACCAUUGCAGCAACAAUUCCAGUUGCCGCAACAGCAAAUGCCCGUGCAACGAAAUAUCCACCAACUGGCCAACAAGCCCAUUUCGCCACCCAUUAAAUCCUUUGGAGUCCAUCGCUACUUUGGACCCUUCUUCAACAAGCAACUGAAGCACGAACCCUACAUGGCGUCGCUGGAGACCUUGACGACUAUUGAUCCCAGAUGCGUGUCCAUCACGGCGAGUUCCAGUGCCACUCCCCUUGGAAAUGUAACUAUGCCCUUCACUCUGCCUGCGAAUUGCACAACUCCCGCCGGUCCAGUGGCAUCCACUCCAGCCCCAAGUGGCAAUGAAUCGAUUCAUAUGGAUAUCGGGUGCAAUUCUCCGGAUAACAUGAAGCUCAACGUGUCCAUAAAUGCCAAUGUGUUUGGGGAUCCUAAAACCAAACAGUUCUGUGGCAAUGGCUCCAUACGCCUGCUGCCCGCAUAUAAUGAAUUGAACCUGGGUGGUCAGAUUGAUCAGCUUCAUGGAGGUACUGCACAACUGGGGGACGAUCGGGAUGAUGUGAGCGUCAAGGUCAAGGACGAAAGACGUAUACGCGAUGUGGGAGAAGAGUCCAGAGAUGAGUGGGAGCCAAAAAGCCCAAAGGAGAAGCCAAGAAAGCAAGAGGGUCACAUCAGGAGACCUAGUAUUAAAUGGAACAAAAAGCAUAAGAAUCGUCACCAAGGGGCGAAGGCAAAGUUGAAAGGGGGUUCCAUGGCAGAUGCUUAUGAAGCUUCCAAGGAAGCUGCAAAUGAAACACAACAUGAAGGAGCCAAAGCAUCAGGAAAGUGCCACCGACCACGGGUGGAAAUACCAGAGUCCCGCUCGGAAAGCUACGAUAAGCUGAUCACGGACAAGAUCUCCGAGGACAUAGUUUCCGCCGUCUUCGAGGCGGUUGGCAAUGAUCCGGGCAUGGACCGCUUGCUGGCGGUUCUGGAGAGGAAUCGCAAGUGCGCGAAUAAGCAGACCAAGAACUUCUACCAAAUCCGCAACGACAAGACCGAGAACUAUCUGCAUCAGACGGAGACCAUGGUGCGGGACACGAUGGAGGCCAUUAGCAACAUUAUAGAUCAGCAGGUGCGGCGACGCGCGUGCAUUCCACUGCGUCCGGAUCUCCAGGACUUCUAUGACCUGAUACUGAAGACGUCCAACGAGGAGCGCAAGUGCCGCGAGAAGCGACAGAGCUCACUUCAAAUCCUGGCCGAGGACUUCAGCCAGGAUGUGCGUUUACUCGAUCCAAGUAAGAUCAACCAAAAGUCGAGGAUCGUCAAGAAGUUGCUGCGGCAGUACGAGGAUCUCUCGGUGGAGGAUCAGCAGGCGGCGAUUGGUGUGCGCGAUGAGUUGCUCCUGGAUCUGGUUUACCUCCGGAAGAUGGCCGAGUCCGCGGAGCGCUCUCAACGCAACGCCCGACUGCAGCAGGUUCUGAAGCAGACCAGCCUGGACGAGGUCCUGGAGAAGAGCGCGUCCAACGAGUACUCACCGCGCUUCAUCAAACUGCUGAAGACGGCGGAGCUCUACAAGGAGGCGGGUGAGCAGCAGGCCAAGGCAUUUGUGGGUCUUUAG